GGCUGCGUCUCAUCAAAAUCAAUCUGCUGUUCUGCUACAUUUGAGUAUGAUUCCAAUGAGCUUUACAAAAGCUCCUCAUUUUGCACAUCUUCCACGUGCUUCUCACUGUUCUUCUUACCACGUGCCCUCCACGUGCCUCCCCCCUUUAAAACCCUCUCCUCUCUCCUCGCCCUCUCCGCCACACCUCCACCGCCGACGGCGUCGCUCAGCAAUGGCCAUCGGAGACUCUCCUUGGCGGCCGACGCCUCUCCCGCAGGAUACAUUACCUUUCGAGCUCAAAAUCGAGUCCGAUUUUGAUCGAAUCGUCUCCCCCGAUGGACUGGUUUCCGUCUGCGGCUUCGGUUCCCUUCUCUCCGAGACGAGUGCUCGGAGUACGUUUCCAGAUUUGAUAAACUUUAGAGUAGCAAAAUUGAAUGGAUUUCGAAGAGUGUUUGCUCAUGUUGCUCCUAUUUUCUUCGAGCGUGGUAUAGCUAACCCUGAAACCAAGGAGAUAUCAAGUUUGAGCGUCGAACCAUGUGAAAGUGAAACCCUUGUAGUUACCACUUUCGAGAUACAGAGAUCAGAGAUACCAUCUUUUAUUGAACGUGAGCACGAAUUCCGGUUUUUAGCAGUGACACUGGAAACAUUUAAUGGGCUGCUUUACACCACUCCAUCUGUACUAUGUGCCCGUUAUACAGACGAAGAGUACUUUCUGAACAGAUGUAAAGGAAACGAAGAAACCCUCUUCCAACGAUAUGGAAGAUACGGCAUUCAUAAGAUUUGGUUGGAUGAUAUAUUACCAUGUCGCGUUUAUUUGCGUCACUGUGUAUUGGCAGCAAAGAAUCUUAGCGAAGCAGCUUAUGAGAACUUUCUCGAUCAUACGUUUCUCGGUGACCGUAAAACAACAAUCCGUGAGUACUUAGUGAAUAAAGGUGCAGGCAUAAUGGAAGAGGAGCCUCCACUGCAGCUAAAACAUCGUUAUGGUGGUUAAAUGUGAAACUACUCUUGAUUUUUUUCUUGCUGUAAAAUGUAUGAAAUUUGUUAAUUUUAUUAUUGAUUUUAGAUUAAAGAUCAAGUACAAUGGAAUUUUUGUAACUAUGUUAACUGCUAAGUAUGUCCCAAAUCAAUUUAUCUGCAUCCGGAAAAUAUCGUAGUAGCUUGGAA